AAAAGGGAGGGGACAAGAGAAAAUGAGAGGGAAGUAGUGAUAACUCACUUAGCAAACAAGGCAACGGUCCUGAUAAGAAACAUAUUCAUCUGUUUCCACCAUAAACAACCCAGCGUUCAUCCAUUGCUAUCUCCAGAUCACACUAAAGAUGACGACACCAAGUGUACCAAUGAAUGGAUCUCUUCUUAAUGUGUCCGCUACCAACAGCACUUUCAUCCCUAAACCGUUUAACGGGUUAGGGAUGUCUUUAUUCACCAUGCUAUUUGGAGCCGUCUCCAACCUCACCGCUCUGGGAAUACUGGCUCGGUCCCGCUCCAGGUUCCGUCGCCAAUCAAAGAAAUCAUUUCUGCUACUAACAGUGGCUUUACUUGUGGCUGACCUGUUGGGACAUGUGAUUUUAGGUGCAUUUGCACUGCAUGUGCAUUUGAACCCUGGGGUCUUAGAGUCUGGAGAAAAUUUCUGUGAUGUCUUUGGAGCAAGUAUGGUGUUUUUUGGUUUGUGUUCUUUGUUUUUUGGUUUUGCAAUGGCAGUGGAACGCUGUGUUGCAAUCACACAACCAUUUUUUCAUGCUUCUAUGGUUACAGCUGCUCAUGCAAAGUCAGUGGUGCUACUUUUGUCAACAUUUGCACUACUGCUGGCUCUGUCACCUUUUUUUUCAAGGGGAAGCUACUUUCUCCAGUUUCCCAAAACAUGGUGUUUCUUUCCGAUUGAAAGGUCUACUGAUUACACAACCCUAGUUUUGGUCUUCUCUUCUCUGGGUCUCUUUGCUCUGUUUUUUUCCCUGUUCUGCAACAUUGUCAGUGGACUGGCACUGCUGCAUGCAAGAAUAAAGUCAAGAAAAGGAAAUACAACACCUUCAGGUAGCAGUGGUCGUCGUGCAUCAACAGCAUCGUCUACCUCCUGGUUUUGCACACUGGAUGUGGAGAUGAUGGUGCAACUCGCAGCAGUCACUGUGGUGUCUUGUGUCUGCUGGGGCCCCUUUCUGAUCCACAUUUUCAUCAAGCAGUUUAAGAUGUAUACUGAACCAGAUAAGCUUGUUUUAAUUGGUUUGCGCAUGGCUGCCUGGAAUCAGAUUUUAGACCCCUGGGUUUAUAUCUUACUUCGGAGGAAAAUGCUGACGAGACUUUGCUGUGCUCACUACUAUCAAGGCAUACCAACAUCCAACAACUCCUUGUCAGAGACCCGCAGAAAUACAAUUAAUCUUCAAUGACCCUCAUCCCCUGACCUCUUUCAUUUGGGACUGGCAUCUUUAGUUAUUUGCUUUGCUUUUCACCCUGAUUCAGAUUUUUUUUUUUUUUUUUU